AUGACGAUUUGGACAGUUUGGCCGUCAUCGGCCGCCAUAGCCGUUUUAGUUUUUAUUUUACUAGGAAGUUCCGUAUGCGGAUUCCACGUUCGGAAAAGCAUAGCCGUUCUACCUCACGACACUCAUCCAGGUUUCAGUAUUAAAAAAUUUAACAACAGCGAAUUAAUUAAUUUCCGAUUAUUAGAAACGAAAUAUAGUCAAUUUUUUACCGUUUUGGAUAAUGGAAUUGUAAUGACAACUUCUGAUAUUUCGCCAUUAGUCAAUCGUGCUGUCAACCUCGUCGUUUUGGAAGAAAUGCCUAAUAAAACAUCAAGUCAUCCUCUAAACGUCUACGUCCUUGACCGAAACGACAUGAUUUAUUUUGAAAAAGAUUUUUACGAAGGUGAAUUAUUAGAAAAUUCUCCUCCGAGCACCGUAGUUUCUCGUCUUCCAAUUAUACAAGCGUACAGAGGCGGCGUGGGUGGCAUUAAUAUUAGGUACGCUAUUGUAGGCGGAAACGAAGACGAUGCUUUCCGUUUGAAACCCAAAGUUUAUAAUAAUUCAUGCUUCGGAGUGGAACUCGUGGCUAAUAUACCGCUGGAUAGGGAAAAAACAAGCGAAAGACUCGUGACGAUACAAGCAGCAGACGAAAAAUACAUCGAUAAAGCCUACACGAAAAUCAAAGUCAAUAUAUUGGAUGAAAACGAUAACAGUCCCGUGUUUAAGCAAUUGGUCUACGAUUUCGCUCUGAAUAAAAAUAUAAAUUUUGGAACCUUUAAUAAUGGAAACGCGAAAUCGUUUGCCGAUCGGGAAAUUCGAUAUACUUUGAAAGCUCAAGGGCAAGGUGCUGGUACGUUCAACAUCGGACCAACUUCGGGAAUCGUUAAACUCGCCAAAGAAUUAGAUUUCGAAGAUUUGAGACAACCUCACGUGUAUUCUCUCAUCGUGACGGCAACAGAAGAUUCCGGAGGUUUUUCGACAUCUGUUGAAUUAACCAUACGCGUGACGGACGUCAACGACAACGCACCUAAAUUUGAAUUGCCCGAUUAUCAAGCUCAUAACGUCGACGAAGAUAUCGCGCUGGGAACGUCCAUACUCAAAGUAAAAGCAACGGAUUCCGAUUCGGGUUUCAAUGCCGAAAUCGAAUAUCUCGUUUCGGAUGAUCAUUUCAGCGUGGAUGCCAACGGAAUUAUAUCUAAUAACAAACAACUCGAUGCCGAUAAUAAUAAUGCUUAUUAUGAAUUCGUUGUUACGGCCAAAGACAAGGGCGAACCCUCGAAAACGGGAACCGCCACCGUUCGGAUAUACACGAAAAACAAAAACGACGAAGAACCGAAAUUUUCGCAACAAGUUUACACGCCCAACGUGGAUGAAAAUGCCGGACCCAACACUCUGGUGACGACGGUCGUCGCUUCGGAUAAAGACGGCGAUAACGUGAGAUUCGGUUUCGUUGGUGGCGGAACGACUUCCGGUCAGUUCGUCAUCGAAGAAAUAACCGGUGUCAUUCGUCUCCAUUCCAAAGCUAUUUCCUUGGACAGAGAUAAAUACGAAUUGAACGUUACCGCCAUGGACGACGGAGCUUGUUGUGCGAACGGUGGUUCGACGAUUCACACGUCGACAGCGGUUGUCGUCGUUUUCAUAACCGACGUCAACGAUAAUAAACCCGUUUUUAAAGAUUGCAGCACUUACUAUCCAAAGGUAGAAGAAGGUGCACCCAACGGCAGCCCAGUCAUAAAAGUUCAUGCCAUAGACGAAGACAAAGGAGUCAACGGUCAAGUCAAGUAUUCAAUCGUACAACAGCCCAAUCAAAAAGGAACGAAAUUCACGGUCGACGAAGAAACGGGAGAAGUGUCGACGAAUAAAGUUUUCGACAGGGAAGGAGACGACGGGAAAUUCGUUUCGGUAACCGUUAAAGCCACGGAUCAGGGCGAACCUUCUCUCGAAGGUGUUUGUUCUUUUACCGUGGAAAUAACCGACGUCAACGAUAAUCCGCCAUUGUUCGAUCGUCAGAAAUACGUUGAAAAUGUCAAACAGGAUGCAAGCAUCGGUACAAACAUUUUAAGAGUUUCCGCAUCCGACGAAGAUGCGGAUAAUAACGGAGCCAUUGUUUACACUCUAAGCGCUCCUUUUAAUCCAUUGGACAUUGAAUAUUUUGAAAUUCAACCCGAAUCGGGUUGGAUAACACUCAAUCAUCCUCUGGAUUACGAAAGCAUAAAAGAAUACAAUUUGACAAUUCGUGUCGAGAAUAACGGUGCGCAACAACUUGCAUCGGAAGCCACGGUUUACAUAAUGUUGGAAGAUGUUAACGACGAAAUACCGUUAUUCACCGAACGCGAACAAGAAACCGUACUCGAAGGUGAACCCAUAGGUACAAAAGUCACUCAGGUGAAUGCCAUUGAUAAAGACGGAACGUUCCCUAACAAUCAGGUUUAUUACUACGUCGUGGAUUCGCCGAGAAACGAGGGGAAAGAUUUUUUCGAAAUAAAUUUACAAACGGGUGAAAUAUUUACAAAAGUCGUUUUCGAUCGUGAAAAACAAGGAGCCUACGCUUUGGAAGUUGAAGCGAGAGAUGGAGCACCAUCGGCGAGACCCAACAGCAACGGACAACCAAAUUCCGGUGAGUUUUCUUUUUUAUUUUCUUUUUUUUCUUUUUUCCAAUAUCAAUCACGGCAUCGUUCUUUCACGCGUGAAAACGAACGGAUUCUUUUUUUUUCGAACGUAUUUUAUAAGGAAAUGCAUGACGUGACGAAAUUAAAGCAUUCACGAAAAAAAAUUUUUUCGUGGAUUAUUUUUUUUGGGGGGGUCGCCGUACGCCGAUGCCGCCGCGUAAAAGAAAAUUUAAAUGAUGGAAAAACCUCUUAUCGCGUUUUCCUUUUUUUUUUUUUUUUAUUGUUAUCACUUUGCAUAAUUUUUUUUUAUUUUUUAUUUUUAAUUCGGAAAAGUUUUUUUUAUUUUUUUUUCUCCAUCGGUAAAAAUUUAUUUUAUACUUAUUUGCAAAACUUUAAACUUUAG